AUGGAUCAAACAGCGCAAAACCGACGACCAGGACAACCUCGAAUUUAUAUUAAUGACGCUGAACGCCAAAGGAGUCACCGCCUUAGAGAGACUUCGCAGCAGCGCAGUAUCCGUUGGCAAGCAAACGCAGAGCAACAACGACGGAGGCGACAGAACGAAAACGAGGAGCAACGUUUGGUCAGACGCUCAGCUAAUGCAGCGCUUCAGGAGAUAUAUAUUCUAGACACUGAAAUGGCUGCCCAACAGCGCCUUGGGAAUAUGCGGAAUUCGGACUGCGACCCUAACCUCAUGCUGUUUUUGAGUGAAUGGUUUGCGCGUAACAAUGUCUACGCUCAAUCGUUUAAAAUGAUGAGCGAAGUGGAGCAAAUGGAAAUAGCGGCAGCCCAGCGAGAAAAUCGGCAAACCAUACCAAUUCGCAUGGUAUUCGAUGACAGCAGAGAGCGGGGUUUUGCAAGAGGAGAGUACGCUAUUCCUACUGCAAACGAAGUAGCAGUCGUAUACGUGGGUGAAGAAAACGACGUUCCUGCAAGAAGGAGUCUUGCGGUCCAUGUUCGACAGGCUGCAGGAUCAAAGUUGAUGAACAUCAGUGACAUAGAUAAACGAUGCGAUCUUCUCACGUAUCCACUGCUCUAUUAA